UAAUAGAUGAUGAUAAUGGCUUGCGCCUUUAUUAUUAUAGUUCUGGAUCAAGACAAACGAUUCUCAACACCAAACCACAAUCCAACAAAACUCCCAUCUCCGCCUUCCUUUCUCCUCCCAUCCAAACCUCAUGGAAGGCUCUGUUGUUGAACGUCUCGAUUUCGGGAAGAUGGGAUAUGGGUGCAAGCAUUACAGGAGAAGAUGCAGGAUUCGUGCUCCUUGUUGCAAUGAAGUUUACUCAUGCCGUCAUUGUCAUAACGAAGCAACGAGCACGUUGAAAAACCCUAUUGAUCGCCACGAACUCGUUCGUCAGGAUGUUGAACAAGUUGUUUGUACGGUUUGUGACACAGAACAACCAGUUGCUCAAGAUUGCACUAACUGUGGUAUUAGAAUGGGGGAAUAUUUCUGCAAUAUCUGCAGAUUCUUUGAUGAUGAUACGGGGAAACAACAGUUUCAUUGUGAUGAUUGUGGCAUCUGCAGAGUUGGCGGGAGUGAGAAUUAUUUCCAUUGCCAGAAGUGCGGGUCUUGCUAUUCAAUUGCUCUGCGUGAUAAUCAUUUAUGCGUGGAGAACUCCAUGAGGCAUCAUUGUCCAAUUUGUUACGAGUACCUUUUUGACUCGUUGAAAGACACUACUGUUAUGAAAUGUGGUCACACAAUGCAUUGUGAAUGUUAUCAUGAGAUGAUAACGCGCGACAAGUACUGUUGUCCUAUAUGUUCCAAGUCGGUGAUUGAUAUGUCUACAGUAUGGAAGAGAUUCGACGAAGAGAUCGAAGCAACCACCAUGCCUGAAGAUUAUCGGAAUCGAAAGGUUUGGAUACUUUGUAAUGACUGCAACGAUACAACUGAAGUUUUCUUCCACAUUAUUGGGCAUAAAUGCGGUCACUGCAGUUCAUAUAAUACUCGCAAUAUUGCUCCUCCUGUUCUUCCGCAAUAGUCAAAUUCUUGCCGUUCAAGAAACAGGUCUUUCUCCCGAACACAGCUAUUGUAGAGCCUCAUUUAAUUCAUCAUCAAGAUUAGCGGUGUAUUGUGUAUACCCUUAAACUUUUCACGGGUUAUUAUUCUUCCUCCAACAUAUGGAGUUGGUGUUUGUGUCAUUAGACUAUUAUAAACGUCGAUGUAAACCAUAGGGGAAAAAGUUUACCCUUCAUGAGCUUCUGCUAAUUGUGUUAAUACUUUCUGUUAUUGUAUUGAUUGAUAUUGGAGGAUGGAUUGGGUUGUCUA